CUUGUGGCAUCAUCUCUAAAAUGACAAUCAAAUAUUCCCCAGAAAGUUUUGGAAGUUCCCAUAACUACUCCUUUCCGAAUCUGUACAAUUUCAUUUUGAUUUAGAUUUUUAACCCUGUUGUUUUUUUAAAAAACAUUUUUAUGAGGAAAUAAGGAACUCAAUUGAAUAAAACCUGAUUUUGAGUCCCGUGUCUCUCUCGUCGCGCACGCGCCAACAGUUGGGAGUGCGCGCCCACGCGGACGCUGCGAGCGAUGGCAGCAGAGGUCACCCACGAGAGAGAGAGAGAGCUCGGACGGAUGACACCGUGAUGCAGGGGGCCCGACUGCGAGGGGAAGGUCCCGUCCGGACCGGUGGAGGAGGAUGCGAGGCUCCAUGAUGUCCCGGCCUGUACCUGAAACCGAGUCAUGUUGGGUUGCUGUAUUUGGGAGCCUUGUUGCCUGUUGCCAACAGCAACCUCUUCCUCUUAUUUGGACUAAAUACUGCAAGUCUCAGCCUCAAGCCCCAUCCAAUCCGCGAUGGGCAUGGGAAAAGUGAGAGGCCAGGAGAUGGCCAUUUAAACCCUCAAAUCCACACUGAAUCCAUAAAAGGAUCCAAAAGGGAAUCAUCUCAAAUGCCACAUUUCACGAUAUAUAUGUGUAUAUGUAAAAAAAAAAAAUGCCUUUAAAUAUUAGAGCCAAGCCGGCCCAGAACAAGCUGUCUGCUGCCUCAAGGAGCAGUGGGGACGCAGAUGGCAAUGCACCUCAUUCACGCUUUUCAAAGUCUGCAAAACAGGGCAAAGGUAAACAGGCCAAGACCACUUCGACCCCAGGCUGCCGCUCAGGGCUAGAACCUGGCUCAGUUUCCGCACCUGUUGCAAAAGUACCCGCAGGGCAAGGAUCAAUGUCAAGGCUCAGUCCAAAGAAACCUGGUGCAGGGACACAUGCAAAAGAGACCAGUGAUUCAGCAACAGCUCCAGGGGGAAAAACUCUCUCAAUGGAGAACAUCCAGUCUUUAAAUGCAGCUUACGGCACUUCGGGUGUGUACUCCUGUGAGCGGGAUGCUUUGGAACCCUCUGGCGGUUACCCUAAAGGCACCAUGACGCUCGGAAGGAACACCAGCCGCUUCUCCUACAGCGGCCGGGGAACUGAUGUGGGCAGCAGCCCAAAUAUCAAUUCCACUGACCUCAAUCACCGGUCCAACCACUACAGCAGAGAACAAAACUUUCGCCCUGCGGGGACUUCCAGUCUGCAGCACCAGUUUGGGAGACAACCGCAGGCGCUGGAUUCGGCUGGUCGCCAGGAGCCUCCUGCAUCUGAUCUCCAGGCUCAGCUGAGAGAGCUUCAGCGGGAAAAUGACAGCCUAAGAAGGGAAUUGGACGGAGGCAGGGAUGGAAGGACAGGCCACAGCGUUAACAACGUCAACUUCUGGAGUCCGGAUGUCAAGAGGGACAAAGGCCUCAGGCGAGAGGAUGGAGCGAGGACCUCUGCCCCGAAGGACUAUUACGGGGCAGACCAAGAUACUAUUCAGGUUCCAUUGACAGUUCAGGAGCUCCAAGAGGAGCUGAGGGCCCACAGGGAAUUGAACAGCCGCCUACAGCAAGGGACAUCCGGUUCCUGUCCUGACAGCCGCACGGACCAGGACCACAGAGGAGGGCUCAGUCCUGGCCACAGUCCUCGAGAAAGUCCCAGCAAUCUCCAUAGUCCCGGACCAAAGAACAGCCCGAGAGCGAGCCCGUCCAACACAUAUGAUCCGGGGAGACAGGAAGCCAACGUCAUCGUUCACAGCUCUGGGUACGGCUGUGCCGGUCCAGUAGCUACACAGAGAGUCAGCCCAGCCGGCACGCUUCAUCCCGGGCCGAAGCGCAGCCCGACCGUCCCCUGCAGCCCCAGUUCGCUACGGCGUUGCAGCCCUUGCCAAGUGCCGGGGUGUGACGGCUUCUCUUCGCCACCUCUGGAUCCAUCGCACGAGAACUUCAUCCACCUGCAGUCGGAGCACGAGCGUCAGGCCAAGGAGCUGUCCCUGCUGAGGAGAACCAUGGAAGAGAUGGAGACGAGGAUUGACUCUCAAAAACAGACGCUGGGUGCCAGAGACGAUAGCAUCCAGAGGCUCCUGGAGAUGCUUCAGAGCCAGGGUCAAGUUCACGGGAAGUGGGGCCGCAGCCAGAGAACGGGCAUUUUAGCUAUGGCUGCGCACGAGGCUGAAGCUCAACUCGAAAACAUGCACGUAAGAGAGGACACAAAGAUCUCUUCAUUGGAGAGAAACAUCCGAGACUUGGAAGAUGAGGUCCAGAUGUUAAAGACCAGCGGCCUGCUACAUCCUGACAACAGGCAGGAUGAGUUCAAACAGGUGGAGGUCUACAAGAACCAUUCUAAAUUCAUGAAGACCAAGAUAGAGCAGCUGAAGCAAGAGCUGAACAGGAAGGAGUCUGAGAUGCAGGCCCUGCAGACCAAAUUGGAAACACUAACCAAUCAGAACUCCGACUGCAAGCAACACAUCGAGGUGCUGAAGGAGUCCCUCAGCGCCAAGGAGCAACGUGCCAAUACGCUCCAGACAGAGGUAGAUGCUCUAAGGGUGCGUUUGGAAGAAAAAGAGCAGUUCCUGACAAAGAAGAACAAGCAACUUCAAGACCUAACUGAUGAAAAAAGCACUCUAACGGGAGAAAUCAGAGACAUGAAGGAUAUGUUAGAUGUCAAGGAGAGGAAGGUCAAUGUCCUGCAGAAGAAGAUCGACAACCUGUUGGAGCAGUUAAAGGACAAGGACAAACAGCUGACUGGGUUGAAGGAUCGGGUGCAAGGUCUUCAAACCGAUUCCAGCAACACAGACACAGCCCUUGCCACGCUGGAGGAGGCCCUCUCGGAGAAGGAGCGAGUUAUUGAGAACCUUCGGGAACAGAAGGAGCGGGCGGACAGGGUUCAACUGGAGGAGUUGGAGCGACUGAGGAAGGACAACCAGGAAUUGAAGGACAAGCUCAUAGCCCUCCAACCUCAGAAACUGUCCCCCAGCCAGCCUCCUAUCCUGGGCCCAAACCAAGGCCAAAGGCCCGAUGGAGAGAUGCCAGCCAAAAUAGAUCCAUUACCAGCUGUGAGCUCCACGGCCCAAAACCCAGAGGACACAUUGCGCAAGUGUCCCGACAUCGCAGAUCGCCUGAAGCUUCUGGAGCAGGAAGUGGCUCGCUACAGGGAAGAAUCUGGAAAGUCACAAGUGGAGGUCGCGAGGUUGAUGGCGGCACUGAAGGAUGCUGAGAUAGACAGAUCUGGCAGAGAGAAGAGAAUAAAUGAUCUUGAGAGGCAAAUCAAGUCCCCUCAUAUCCAAAAGCAAAUGGUGCCUGGUGAAAAAAGGAAAGAUGCCCAGCCUGAUGGACAUCCACACUCUUUAUCGCAGCUUCCGCUGUCAGCUUCCCGGGAUGCCAUGCAGGAGACAGUUGAGAGGAUAGGGGAUUUGGAGAAGACCUUGAGGGAGAGCAUGAACACUUCAGGACAUAGGGAAGUGCUCUGGGCUCAAGAGGAGACGGCCCGCGUUCGGGCCCGGAGACAGCUGGAAGAGCUGAUAGGGGCCCUGGAGAAGACACGACAGGAACUGGACGCGACAAAGUUGCAUCUGGCCUCCACUCAGCAGACCUUGCACGAGCGAGAUGGACACCUCAGCCGCCUGCGGCAGGAAAGACGGAAACAGCUGGAGGAGAUUCUGGAAAUGAAGCAGCAAGCUUUACUGGCAGCUAUCAGUGAGAAGGAUGCUAACAUAGCCCUUCUGGAGUUGUCUCCCUCAAAGCGAAGGAAAGCCCAAGAGGAAGUGAUGGCUCUAAAGCGGGAGAAGGACCGGCUCAUGCACCAACUCAAACAGCAGACUCAGAGCAGAAUGAAGAUGAUGGCCGAUAACUAUGAGGAAGAUCGGAUCCACUCUCAACAUCAUCCUCACCAUUCUCUCCACUUGCACUCUGCAAAUAUACAUCACAGAAGCCUCCCAAGAGGACCGCCGCAUGCCAACCACAGACUCUCUAUGGACCAGGAGGAUGAAGAGGGCAUUUGGGCAUGAUUUGGCGUCAUCGUUGGAUCAUUGUCAACAAACUGCUCGGACAGCCAGGUAUCAAAAUGUCCGGGAGCUCCAGUGACGCAUACGGAUUACUGCGACUCCCCUGGCUCCCAUCCCCCCACCCCACCCCCCCCCCCCCCCCCCCCCCGUCAUCAUUACCGCCAGUUGUACGCCCAUUUCAGGAGCCACUACUUCCACUCACCUCUGAUAAGCUCCAAAUAUGUUGUCAUCUUCUUUGCUGACAAAUAUCAUGACAUGUCAGUCAUCAUUGAUGGGCUUGGUUUUAAUGUGCCGUCCUGCCUUUAUAUUCCUCCCUGUUUGCUGGGCGUGGGGUUCCAUUUUUCUCAGUUCUGAGUUCGACCUUUCAAUCGAGUGACAAUUGGCCCAACGCUUUUUGAUACGAAUGUAGCCAAGCCAGAGCAAGUGGAAUUACCUAAAAACCUCUGGUACAACUCGACUCCCGACAGUAGUAAUGCAUUUACUUCUGCCACGAAAUAUUGGACUUUUGUAAAUACUGUAUCACAACAUGGACCUCACAGCCUCAGAUCCACCAAGACCUUCUCGAUGUACUGUGCCAAUGAAGACGCACGUUUGCAGAAGCAUUCUUCUGAUAUCGGACUGUAUCGUGUUGUAAAGCUACACAGCAAAUGGACCCAAGUUCUGUUGGACUUUCUCCUGCUUGAUUUUGUUGAAAAGGCUGAAAGUCGCCCACAUGAGUUGGAGUGUCGCUUUAACCAGCCAGGAUCAAAUUACAAUUUAUAUAAAAGCAGCAAUAUAUCUCUCUGUUCAGCCUGCUGUGCAUUUGUUUGAUUAAGCAUCGUUUUCUUUGCUUUUUUUUUAUGACAUUCCAUUCAUAUUUGUGUGCCAGUAUUUUUGGUUUUGAAAAGUGAUGCAUUUAAUUUGCUCUUCUGCUUCUCGCGUAGUGCAUAAUAUUCAUCAAGAAGCAACUUGCAAGGUGAAGUCUCAAACACAGUGACUCACAACCACGGAUGAUUGGACCUGAGCCUUAGGAAUCAAAAGACACAAAAUGCUCCUGAAGCCAUAAAAUGUCCCAAACAGAAAACGUUACGUGUGCAACUCCCCUCUUCCGACUUUUGAUCAGUAAGCUGCCAAGCAGACCUGAACUGAACCAUGCUUCCAAAGAUUAUAUAAACCAUAGAUUUAAAAACCAAAACACAAAAAGUUAAAAUUAUGAUUGGUGUUUUAGGUAAAAGACAAAAUAAGGACUUUGGGCCUCAAAACCAAAUGCUUCUUGAGUUGACGACAAUACCGGUAUGAUGUCCAGUGUUGUCACUCAAAUCUAAAAAUCUUUUUUUUUUUUUUUAUUGUUGUAUUUGCUCUACUGGAAUAAAGUAUGGAUUUAUUUUGUUAUUCGGUUUAUAUAUGUGUGUGGGUGGUUUAGUGCUACUUUCACCAUGACUGUGAAUGUUUGUGGGCGGGGUCACGGUGUUCACCCUUGACUUGAUCCACAGUGUUUUCCAGUGGUCAGCGUGUUUCCUGUUGUUUUAAUAAACUCUGCUUUCACAGGAACUACGAGCUGUGUUUUAUGUGAACUAAUGUCAAUAACAUUGACACUGUCAGUGUUUAGCGGUCAAACGGAGUGCAACAAUGGCUAUUUUCACAAGAUUAAAGUUUCACCGCCACUAAUGGCAUUUUCAACAAUAGCCUCUUGAAGUUUUUCCCAGUUUUCAUGGUCUACCAAUUCUCUCCCGCUCUCAUAAACUCAGCCAGAUGUUGCACGGCUUUUCUCCCUCAGAGAACUCAGGGGUGGAUGCGGAGGUGAUGGAGGAGGGAGGUUCCUGAGGGCGCAGUGGGCGGGAUCCAAAAUGAAGUUGAGCAUGUUUGCUAACACCAGCUGGAUGCACCUUGGCACGCAAGCCUGCCAACAGCUGACCUGCAAAUACUAGAAUAUUCGUAGAAAUGUGUGUGUGUGUGUGUGUGUGUCUGUGUCAUCUCGCCUUUCAUACUCCCUGUCCUGUUGCUAAACUUUUGCUGUAAAUAUACUGUACACUCAAGAACACUUUACCAGGUACACCUGCACAAUAAAAU